UCCCAACUGCACGCGCUGCGAUGCGACGACGAGAAGAACGGCAGGCAGGUCUCUCGGCUCGUUGGAUCGUCGCAGCCAAGGAAGAUGUCGUACUCCAGAUGGUCAAGGUAUGAGUCUCGCUCGUAUUCUCCAGCUUCUUAUAGGCGGAGCAGUCGGUCAAGGUAUAGGAGUCUUUCUAGGAGUGUGGAUUCAAGCGACGUUGAAAACCCUGGGAACAACCUGUAUGUUACUGGCUUAUCAGCUCGUGUGACGGAUCGAGAUCUGGAGAAACACUUCUCUACUGAAGGAGAGGUUAUUGAUGCUAGCAUAGUGCUUGAUCCAUGGACAAGAGAAUCCCGGGGAUUUGGAUUUGUUACCAUGGCUACUGUUGAGGAGGCUGGUCGUUGCAUCAAAUAUCUAGACCACUCAGUGUUGGAAGGUCGUGUGAUAACCGUAGAGAAGGCUAAGAGAAGACGUGGUCGAACACCAACGCCUGGAAGGUAUCUAGGCACAAAAUCAUCACGUGCUCGGAGGUAUUCCCCAAGCUUUUCACCUGUCCAGAGAGACCGUUACAGUUCACGCUUCUCACCUGAGCGAGAGCAAUCUUAUUCUCCUUAUGGUGGAAGGCGAUCAUAUUCACCGUACAACAGACGAAGAUCAUACUCCCCCUAUGAGCGGCGUAGGCGUAGGUCCUACUCUCCAUAUGACAGGAGACGGUCCUACUCUCCAUAUGGCAGGUCACCCUCUCCUUACGGUGGACGGCGAUCAUACUCUCCCUACGACAGGCGUGGUUCAUGGCGUCGGUCAUACUCUCCAUACCGAUCUCCAUACCGUUACAGGAGAGAGAGGUCAUAUGCCUAUGACAAUUCUGUUUCACCAUACUACAGCAGGCGCUACUCUCCGAGUCCGAGAGGCCGGAGCUACUCUCGCAGUGUAUCACCUCAGAGGAGCUACUCCCGCAGCAGCUCCCCAGUGUCUCAGAGGUCUGGGAGCUAUUCCACAAGGAAAAGAUACAAUGGAAGGAAACUGUCGCGCAGCAGGUCGUCAGGCAAGAGGGGCUCUAGGGAGAGCUACUCUCACAGCCGCAGUUCCUACUCAAGGUCUGUCUCCAGGGAGAGCUCAGAAUGAAUUAUGGGGUUGUUUAUACGGGGCUAAACUUUUUUGCCUUAUGUCAUAUCGGAUAUUUGGACACUAAUUAAAAGUAUUAAACAUAGAGCAAU